AGUUCAGCAUUUCCAUUGCUCUUUUAGCUAAUCAACGAUCGACCAAAAAGAGAAAUCAGAAGCAAAAAAACAUAGUAACACCAAUUCUGGCUGUAACCCUAAUCGAAUAUAAAUAGCAUUAUCAAUGUGCGUAAAAAUUAGUGAAAAAGUUACCCUCUUGAGGAUAGUCAAAGGUAACGUAGCCAUAACUAAGAGAUCUCCUGGUGGUCAAAUCUCUGCAAACACGAACAGAGCUUACAUGACUAGCAUGGCUAAACGCAUCGAACAGCUCAGAAUCAGUCACACUCGGUUCCAGAUCGCCUACGUACAGCGACGUCUUCCCAUCUUCAGCCAUUUCGUAUAUACUCUGCUCCUCCCGAAACCAAGGCCACCAUUCCAUUCUCUCCUCUCCUUAUUUCGCUACGACUAACACAACAAAUCAAAAGUCAACAUAGAACCGUAGAGGACACUGAGAAGCAGAUUAUAUUAGAAAUUUUCUGAAACAAUGAAUCCUUAAAAGUGAAAGAUAAAAUGUAUCGGUCGUGACUCCAUUAACUUUGAGUUGUUUGUUAUUCUAUUGAAGAAUUUAUGUUUCUCUUUUUCUAUUACCAAGAAUUUUAUCGGAACCCGUUGACGGGGAAAAAAUCAUACACCAACGAAGCUAGCUUACACAUGUAUUCAACCACCCUUUUGGCAUUAUAUUAUGAAGAUCUUAAUUAAUAUUUUCUUCUAACAAAUAAUUCAAAUGUAAAUUUAAUUAAUUGUAUUGUAAGGUGUAACCUAAACCAGCCCACAAGAAGACAUGUGCAUUGGACUUCUCAUCAUUUUCACUCACUUUAUCUAUAUAGCUCUCUCUAAGUCAAUCCUCAAGCCUUGCAUCAAUCUAUAUAUCACCAAUGGCCCCAAAUUAUAAUCCUUCCAUUUUCUUGAUUCUGUCUCUUCACUUUCUUUCAAUUUUAGCUACCGGAAAUAACCACAUAACUGACAGAAAAUCUCUCGAAAUCAUCUUCGGCGGUGGCAGUGAAAGCUUCAAUUACAAUUCUCCGGCGCCAUCUCCGGAGCCAGAAGACUAUCUUCCGCCGCCUCCUCCUCGACCUCAAAUACCAUCACCCCUGCCUCCACCACAGCCACUUCCUCCUCUAUUCCCAUCUCCGGAGCCUGAAAACUGUCGUCCGCCACCUUAUCAUCAUUAUCUAACACCAUCUCCGCCGCCACCACGGCCACUUGCUCCUCCACUGCCACCACCACUACUGUUCUCCAGCCCACUAAUAAAGAACGUUUAUUCAGUCAUCAAGAAUUUCCAGACGCUAAUCGAAAAUGAUCCAAAGAAGAUACUCAGAACAUGGGUAGGCACCGACAUUUGCGCUCAGGACAAAUAUAUAGGACUAGAGUGCGCCAAGUUCCCGGGAACAAACGACCUCGCACUUGCCAGCAUUCAGUUCAACAACUUUAACUUGGGAGGCAAGAAACUCCGCCUAGAUAACUUCCUUAACAAGUUAGAAGAAGUCACCAUCUUCCACGCAAAUAGUAACAGUUUCGUGGGCUCUGUUCCAAAAUUCAGCAACUUGAAGUACCUUUUCGAGCUUGAUCUCAGCAACAAUAAGCUCUCUGGAGAGUUCCCAAGCUCUGUACUAAAAGCAACAAACCUAACGUUUCUCGAUCUCAGAUUCAAUUCUUUCUCCGGUUCUGUACCUCCUCAGGUUUUCAAUCUCGACCUGGACGUAUUGUUCAUCAACAACAACAAUCUUGUUCAGAGACUCCCUGAGAAUCUCGGAUCCAUCACUGCUCUUUACCUCACAUUCGCUAACAACAGAUUCACAGGUCCUAUUCCGGGAAGCAUUGGUGACAUCAAGUCCCUACAAGAAGUCCUUUUCUUGAAUAACAAGUUAACAGGUUGCUUACCAUACCAAAUUGGGAACCUUAACCGAGCUACGGUUUUCGAUGUUGAGUCAAACCAGUUAACCGGUCUGAUUCCGUACUCUUUCGGAUGCCUAAACAAGAUGGAGCAGCUCAAUUUGGCUAGAAACAACUUCUACGGUACUAUACCGGAGAUUGUCUGCGAGCUCUCAGCCCUCAAGAACCUUUCUCUCUCGUCCAAUUACUUCACGCAGGUAGGUCCAAAAUGUCGAACACUCAUCAAAAGGAAGAUUCUUGAUGUGGGUAUGAAUUGUAUACUAGAUCUUGCGAAUCAAAGAGCACCAUGGGAAUGCGCCAAGUUUUUCUUGCGGAAACAGAGUUGUCCUAACUAUAAGUCUUUCUUUUAUGUCCCUUGUGGAAAAGAUCCGCACCGGAUUAAACCAGAUCAAGAAGGAUUAGACGGUCAGGCUUCGCCGCCGGUAUCUUAUGGUGCUCUUAACCCAGACCGGAUUCGGAAUCUCUAGCCAAAACCAAGUUGUAACUGUGAUAUUCAUGGUUUGAUACUUUGAUUGUAACUGUGACAUUGAAUAAAUGAAAUAUUAUUUUGUAUGUAUUU